AUGGCUUCUUCUAAUGAAUGUCAAGAAAUAAUUGUUGACGGAAAAUAUUGUCAAUUGACUGUUUUUGUUCAAGGAGAUUUGAAUGAAAUACAUCAUAAGACAACCAUUUUAACUGUCCAUGACAUUGGUGGUAAUCAUAAAGAUUUUAUUAAAUUUGUUAAUCAACCAUCAAUGAGUUCUGUGAAAGCUAAUGCAAUAUUUUUGCAUGUUUGUGUACCAGGACAAGAAGAUAAUGCUCUUGAUUUUGCUGGAGAAUUUCCAUCACUUGACCAAAUAGGUGAAGAUUUAGUACAUGUUUUAGAUAAAGUUGACAUUAAAGCAUGUGUCGCAUUUGGUGAAGGUGCUGGAGCAAAUAUUAUUUGUAGAUUUGCCAUUGCUCAUCCAAAUCGUUUAAUUGGAGUUUGUUUACUUCAUUGUACAUCUACUUCAGCUGGAUUAAUUGAAAAAAGUAAAGAUAAACUUGCUAAUAUGCAAUUAGAAUCUGGAAUUAUGACUCAAAGUGCUUGGGAUUACAUUGCUCUUCACAAAUUUGGUUCUUCUGAUUGCCAAAAUAAAGAGGAGUAUAUUGAACAUUUAAAGACAUCUCUUAAUCCAAAGAAUUUGUCAAAAUAUUUGUUUUCAUACAGUAAAAGAACCGAUCUUUCUUCAAUAAUAAAUGCAAAAAUUGGUGACAUUGAAACAUUACUUGUUACUGGUGCAAAAACACCACAUAUAGCAGCUGUUUAUACUACUCAUAAAUCAAUGAAUAAAAAAAAGACAACUUUAUUAGUUGUUGACGAUGUUAGUGAUGUUUUGACAGAAGCUCCUGAUAAACUUGCACGUUCAUUUAUCUUACUUUGCAAAGGAUGUGGCGUUUUAUCUCAAGUCCCAAUACCUGGUAUGGAACGUCAAAGAACCUUAUCAUCAUCAAUGGAAGAAGCUGAUAGACCAAGAAGAUUUUCAAUAACUCAACAACCAACAUCUGUUGUUCAAUAA